AUGGAAGCUCUCGGCGUAGCAGCUUCAGUGGCCGGGCUGGUCAGCUUGGCCAUCCAAAUCCCAAAAGUGAUCGACACAGCCGUCAGCAUCCGAUCGGCGCCCGAAGAGGCCCUACAACUUUCUAAGACAGUAAACGCGCUCGUGGCCACAUUGCAGAAACUGGAGGCUUUCCUGAAGACCGAUGAAGCCAGAGACAUGACAUUAGCGGACGACUCCGCGCUCACAGUAGCGAUUUCAGCUUGUCAGACACGCGUGUUGGAGCUGUCGAGGAAACUUAGAUCUCAGUCGCCUGCUGGUUCGUCUGAUAAUACUCCAGAAAAAUCAGUGUCCGGUAGCAUCAAGUCGGCCCUUUCCCGGUUUCGAUGGCCGUUUGAUAAGAAGCAAUGCCAGGAACUCAUAUCUGAGCUGCAUGCCAUGCAAAGCACGUUUGAAUUUUGCCUAGUGAUGAAAAAUUGUCAGCAAAUGUCAAAGUCACAUAAAGAAGUCAUCUCUCACUUUAAGAUCCAGGGCGACACCCUGUCCCAGAUGGCCGCGUCCUUUCCUGAACAGUCCGCGCAACUAGAGUGUAUGCUCGAAAAGCUGUGCGUAAUUGCAUCGUGCAUCUCGGACUCCGCCCAGCGUAUCGAUCGUAUUCAGAUAGGCUUGACGCAACUGGAGGAGAUGAAGAAAGAACUUUCGGAGUACCAUGCGGAUAAACUGCAUGGCCAAGCUCUUGAAUGGCUAUCGCCAAUCGACCCUUCUUCAAGACAUGAAGAGAUCAAGGCAAAGAGGCUUCUCGGGACUUGUGGAUGGAUCCUUCGUGACACCGGCUUUCAGCAGUGGCUCCAACCUUCCCAGACUGACAAUUGCGCGAAAGCCAUCUGUUGGGUUGGUGAUCCUGGCCAGGGAAAGACCUUUACAAUGUGA